CUAUGGUUGCUGCAUGCUGGAGCUCCAUAGUUGCACAGAAACUUUUUGCUGCCCUGUUAGAUUAGUACAGAAAACUUUUUUCUAUUCUGGCUCUAUCAUUAGAUUUGUGUAUCAAUUUCUUAAACACUCUCCUCAAAGCUCACACCUCCCUUUGUAGACCCAGGCUCUAAUUCUCUUCUUCACUAGAUAUUAGACCAAGAUGGCUACUGUGAACAGCGAUAGCCCCUCUAUAAGUAAUAGCAAGCAGCCUCUUGUCGUGAAUAGGGACAACAGUGAAAAGAUUGAGAUGUCUCUUUCAACCACUGCUGCUGCUGGUUUUGAAAGCACUGGAGGAUCAAAGAAUGAAAAGGACACUAAUUCUUGGGAUUGUAGAACCACCCAAGUUGAUAGAAUAAAGUUCUGUGGUUGCUGUUUGAUGCCCUCAAGACUAGCAAAGUUCCUGGAGAUUGCAAUACUGAUAACUGUUCUCCUCUUUUUCGUGGCACUAUUCCUUGUACCCAUAGGAAUACACAUUAAAGAGAGUAUAUCUUCAUCAUUUAAAGAGGCCAAGUGUUCAGCUUAUGGAUUGAAAGAGCCAUCCAAUUGUGACACAUUAGCACAAACUGUCUCAAGCAAUCUUGACUCAUGUACACCAGUCCAUUAUAUAGGGUCAACUUGUAAAGCAUUUCUCAGCAAGUGGCAGUCUUGUACCAUUGGAUACAAUGAGGACAUAUUCAUUAGUUCCUCAUCUGAUCAGAAUAACAAGGAGGAACAAGCCAAGUUUUUAUUAGAAGCAUUGCAAAGUCCUGAUGUCAAAGAAGACUGUAGGAUAGCUGGUACCAUGUUUGUCUGUCAGUUUUCAUUUCCACUUUGUAAUUGCUCAAAUGGAGAGGAGUAUUUGCCAUCAAGAGAGUUUUGUAGUUAUGUUAGUACAGAUGUGUGUGCAACAGAAUGGGAUUAUGCUUAUGAAAAUGGAAUACAAACACCAAAUUGCUCUGAUUUUAUUUCAUCAGGCAUCCCUAUAAACUCAUCCACUGGUAACAUGCCUAUUUUAAACAUUUCUCAUUGUUCUGAGGACUUUUAUCAACACAAUGGGUCAGGGCCUUGCCGUCCCAUAUGUGGUUCUUAUGAAACUUAUAGCGAACUUAAUGCAAAGAUAGAAACAGAUACACAAUUAGCAGUAGCUGUUUUUGUUUUAUUUAUGGGAAUUAUUGUCUUAAUAGCUUCAUUUAUUCGGAGGAAAAUUAUGUUGAUUUUUCCGUCAAUUUUUCUGAUUUAUUUGACAAUUGGUGUCUGUGUGGUGGCUAUUUUUGUAAUCAUUCCUAAAUUGGACAAAACUAAUAGCCUCUUUUGUACCUCCAAAGAUCUUUUGGAAACUUAUAAGAGCAACUCAACAACCUACUGCAAAGUGACAGGAGCUGUCUUCCAAUACUUCUUUCUCAAUAUGACUCUUUGGUGGUUUUUCCAUGUCAUGUCGAUAUUUUACAAGAUAAUGUUUCCAGUGUUUGCUAAAACGCAUAAGGACAAAGACAAGUUCAUACACAUCGUCCUACUGAUACUGGGUGUGACUUUUCCUGUUCCUGGUGUACUGCUGGCACUGUUGGUUAAAGAUUGGGGAAGUUAUGCUCUUUAUUCAAUGCCAACUUAUUUCUGCGUGCCUAGAAAUAGCAACUUGCGUUACUAUUCACUUAUUUUUCCUCUUAAUAUACUCCUUGCUAUUGGCGUCUGCUGCCUAGUACUGGUCUUUUGGAGGCUGCAAAAACAUCAAAAUAUAUUCUUUCGCAAAAGGAACUCUCCAUUAAAAAUGACACUAGCAGAGAUGAAGCUAUUAUUCUUUUUGGCAUAUUAUAGUUUGUUUGGUUUGAUGAUGAUGUCCUAUUUCAGUGUAAUCAGUUCAACUCAAGAUAAAUAUGUGAACAGUGUUGCAGAAUACUUUGAGUGUGAGGCAUUUGGAACACACCACAACUAUAAUUGCAGUACAACUUAUGAAAAGUACAACUAUGUACCACUGGCUGCAAGUACUUACAUCCUAAUGGGCUUUAUUACGAUCAUUAUCCUCAUUUAUGUUGUCAAUUGGAGAUCUGUAGCCAAUUUCUGUGUACGCAAGCUGUAUCAUUAUAAAGGAAAGGUGACAAAUUAUUCCAUUAUAGACGAUGACUAAAAAUAACUAUUGUGAGUAAUGGAGGGAAAUAAUUAGUUUAUUGUGUGAAUUCAUGUAAAAAUGAUUUACUUGAUUAUAGUCUUGCUAACUCUGACAAAA